UUCAUUGAUUCUGUUCCUCUGCUCUUUUUGUGGUUACAUGCAGGCAGGAUUUGCAGUAGUUGUUCUUUUUACAUCAUCUGGAUGGCAGAGGGGUUGGAGAAAAGGGCAUUGCAACAGACAUGUGCUUUAGAGUCUAACUUGAACCCAUUAUUGUAGCAGCACAGUGUCACCUGUCUGGUAGAAAUGGGUAAAGAAUCAUAUGGACUUGCUGAAGAUGCUGAACUUGCUUUGUGGGGUUUUGACGUCUUUUCUAAUGAUGAUGUGAUUUAUGAUUUAAAAGGCCUGAACCAAUAUGGAUGUAAUACCUUGCAACAGAAGUAUAGCACCAACACCUAAUUAGAUCUCACCUGAGCCCAAAGUCUCACUGAACCCAACUCUCCCUUGAUGAUGAACUUUGUUUUUGGAGGUGAGUUAUGAUCAGGGAUUGUACGUAUAGAAUCGUGUCAAAUUUAAUUAGUAGUUUGCUUUUUUCCAGAAUUGAAAUUGAUAAUUUCAGUUUAAAAUGCUUUUGUGUUUGGGCACUAACUGUGCAGAACCAGAUAUCCCAUGAUUUUUUUUAAUGUUAAUUAGCAAAAAAAGUUGAAGUAAAUAGUUAACAAUAUUUUGUACUUUAUAUGCAAAAACAGUGUUUUUAUAUGCUUUAUUUGCAAGAACAGGUAAAACUGCUCAUUUUUUAGAAAUGCAUAUUUUUUCCUGCAUUUAAAUGGUUUGUUAUAAGUAGUUCUAAGAUAACUAGAAACUGGACGUGUUUAACUUUUAGCUGUCUGUCUUGGUAAAUUAACUAACUAUAAAGUUGGUUUUGAAUCUUUGGUGGCUGUGGUGAGGACUCACAAAAGGUAUUGCCUCGUCUCAAUCAGCCGAAUUCAGUGUGAAAAGCUAAAUAAAGAUAAACAGUAAUGUGUAAAAGUUUGGGCACUCUUUACGUGGGCAGUAGGUGUUAGUAUACAAUGGAAUAAAUACCAAGGAUCUCCCUUGUGCAAGUAUUAUUGACACAGAUCAUCAAAAAACUUUAAAUUAAAUACACACACUGGGGCACUGAGAAAUCUGGUAUUAAGAAUUCUUCAAAAUGGGGAAGUCCCUGUUACGUAUGUACUCUAAAAACACUUGCUGCUGAGAUAAAUAGGUGCCUAAUGCUUCUGCACAAUAUUGUACAUAAUUCUGAUUUUCAGUAGAGGAGACUUUAUUCCUGAAAGUUAUUAUACAUAUUAAAGGCCAGCAGUACUGUAUGAUUCAUAUGUAGUAGACCAGUUUGUCGUUAUUUAUCCUUCUGCUCUUGAUUUUAGCUUGAUUGAAAAACUAAAACCAAUUUUACAUGCCUUGUGUACUCAUUAUUGCUUGUUCGUCUCUUGCAAUUUAGAUAAAUGAUAUAACAUUAUACUCAAGGUGGUUGAGUCACAAGCAGUAGGGAGGCGGAAGCAAGCCAAAGGAGCGUCCCUCUCUGUGCAGGAGUGGCGGGUGCUCCAAUCCCCCUCCCCGAGCCCGCAGAGCCUGCAGGAUGCGCACACUGAAGACACCGGGACUGUACUUGCUCUAAUCCGGACAGUAAGAUGAUGCAAAUCAACUUAACGGGCUUUCUUAAUGGAAAGAAUGCUCGCGAGUUCAUGAAGGACCUGUGGCCUCUGCUGCUUAGUGCCCAGGAGAACAUUGCCGGCAUCCCAUCUGCCUUCCUGGAGCAGAAGAAGGAGGAGAUCAAGCAAAGACAGAUUGAACAGGAGAAGCUGGCCUCAUUAAAGAAGAUGGAUGAAGACAGGAGAGAGAAGGAGAGCAAAGAGAGGGCUCAGUCUAGGAGCCCAAAGCGGAGGAAGUCUCGCUCCCCAGCGAAGAGGGAAAGAAAACGCAGUCACUCGCGAUCCCCUCGCCGCAAACCCAGUCCUGCUGCCUCACCACCUUCAAGCCCACCACAUGUCAAAGAUGAACCUCAACCAGAACCUGAUCAGUCUGAGAGCUCCAAAGCAGAACCACUGAUUCAGGAGGCUUCCUCUACCAGUGAUCUUGUAGGGGAAAUGAAACCAGAUUCCGUGUCAGUGAACGUUAAAGACGUGUCUCCAGAAAAACCCACAAAGACAGAGGAAAAGCCUAAAGCACGAGACCGGGAGAAGGAUGGGAGACGUGAUCGGCCACGCCAUCGUUCCCGAUCUCGCUCACCUCGAUCCCGACGACGCCACAGGUCCCGCUCCAGGUCCUACUCCCCUCGACGCAAACCAAGCCCACGGAGGCGCAUGUCUCCAAGACGCAGGAGCCCUCCCAGAAGACCCCCUCCUCCCAGACACAGACGUAGUCGCUCACCUGUUCGCAGGCGUCGCUCUCGAUCCCGGUCUUCUACAGGCAGCUCCUCCUCACGAUCACCUCAUAAGAGACCGGUAAAGCAAAGGUCACUCACACCACCCAGAAAACAGCCGAGACAUGCAGAGCCAUCGUCCAGCCCAUCCAGGAGACGGCGCAGCCCUGCUGGCCCUGACGCCAGCCCCUCAGGUUCGAAGCGGCGAGCUGGUGGACGAAAUGAGUCGCCAUCUCCUGCUCCUAAACCCCGACGAUCAGACAUAUCAGAAUCAGAGGAGGAUAAGGUGGGGAAGGGGGCUGCGGCCGAUUCUGUCCAGCAGCGACGACAGUAUCGCAGGCAGAAUCAGCAGUCGUCUUCAGAAACCGGAUCAUCCUCGUCAUCCUCAGAAGAUGAGGGAGCCAAGAGGCAGGGUAGAGGCCCAGCAGCCAGGAACGGUGAGAUCAGGAGGAGGCGGACUCACUCACCUGCGUCACCUAGGAGGCGGCACAGGGAUCCCUCCCCAAGAAAAAGAAGAUCUCAGUCACCGCGGCGCCAUCGCUCUCCUUCUCCUGCCAGGCGGCGCAGAUCUCCAACUCCUCCACCCAGACGCAGGUCCCCCUCUCCACUUCCACCUCGCCGACGCUCCCAAUCCCAAAGGCGCUACUCGCCUCCAAUUCAGCGACGCUACAGCCCCUCUCCUCUCCCGCCCCAGAAGAGACGGCCCUCCGCUUCGCCCCCUACCAAACGGCGGGUUUCUCGCUCGCCUAAGCGUAUCCGUGGUGGUGGUGGUAGUCCAGUGAAGAGACGCAGCCCGCCGUCCUCUGCCUCCCCUCCUCCUCGCCAUAGGAGGAGCCCUCUGCUGCCCCCUGCAGCUCGGCAGGGAAGAGACUCUCGCUCUUCUCCGCCUCCAGGUCACACAGCUCGGGGUUCAAUGAGCCCACAGGCCAGGUACCCACCCUCUAGCUCUUCACCACCGAGGCGACAGCAGUCUCCCACUCGUAACAGACCCAUCCGCAGGGUGUCCCGCACGCCGGAGCCACGCAAGACACAGAGAACGUCUCAGAGCCCGCGGCCAGUGAGGAGACCUGCAUCUCGCUCACACUCUCCCUCUCCACCACCUUUCCCAGCUGCCUCAGCAGCUGCUUCUGGGGCCCAGAAACGGCCUGCUCCUGCCUCAGCUUCCGCCUCUCCCUCUCCCACACGCUCUGCGAGCGGCUCCCCACCUCCUCCAGCAAAGAAGGCCAGCAGUGCGUCUCCAAGCGCCUCCCCCAACAAGACCUCGGAUGCAGAUGGAGGAAAGAAAAAGAAGAAGAAGAAGGAGAAGAAACACAAGAAAGAGAAAAAACACAAAAAGCACAAGAAGCAUAAGAAGGAGAAGGGUGGAGCAGGGCCAACAGGCGACGUGCAGGAAAAUGCCCACAUUGAGGCCGAUCCUGAAUCUGAUCAGAAAAAGGAAUCAGAGAGUGAAGUAGAGGACAGUCUGGAUGACCUUGAGAAGCACCUGCGAGAGAAAGCCCUGCGCUCCAUGAGGAAAGCCCAGAUGUCCCCCUCCCAGUCCUGAGCCCACUGCCUUCACCCUGAUCCUCAUUUUAAACUGUUGAUGUUGGUUCUGCUUUAGAAUGUACAAAUUGUUCAGAUUUCUCUUAGGAUUGUUUUUCUUGUUUUCAAUUUUUUUUUUUGUUUUUUUCUCAGAUUUGUGUUAAAAUGAGUUUUAACUUUUUUGCCCCUUCCUGCAGCAGCAUGAUCUGUUUUCUUUUCAACCACUGGAGUAAUGACCUGCAUAUACAAACACAUUUAUCAGUGUCCCGCCCGUAAUGUCUCAGAUAUUUUCAGUUGAAUCAGUUUUAAGGGGGAAAUGGUUGCCCGGAUUUUUGAGUUUGGCAGUUGGGUGUCGACCUGUAGAUUUCCUCCUGACUUCACCAUUUGAAGAUGUUGGGUUUUAUAAUAUAUAUUUUUUUCUGGAAUUGGUUGUUUUGGGUGGAGUGGUCAGAUCGCAUGAGCAGCAGCCGACAUCCGUGUGUUUGUCCUCCUGUGUGCAUGAACUGUACAAUAAAACCAACGGGCUGUCACUCCAACACUUACUGUCAGAGAGCUUUGUGCAGCUCUCUGUGUCCGUUCUGGAAAAUGGAGAACGAAUGAAAAUGUUCUGUUGGCAUCCUUUCUUUGUUUUUCUCUAUCCCAAUUUUUUGUAACUAAGUUGUUUCAAGUUGUAUAACCUUAAAGAAAUUUCUGGCUUUGAAAAAGUCGCAUUAAAAGGAAGGAUAUGCUUUCAUAA